AGUCGAGGAGGGGAAAUUAAAGUAUUGAGAAGCCUCUCGUGUCUUCAGGCAGGUAGGCCGUCCCCUGGCGGCUGUAUGGUGUAACGUUACAAGCCAUACUGAACAAAGAUGGUGUCAAUCACAGCUGUGAGAACAUAAACACUUUCAUUGUUUUAUUUAUUUUAACUAGCCUCUUCAGAGCAGCAGUUUUCGAUCUUCGCGUCGUCAGCGUUCCAUAGUCGCAGCCCUGCAUUCCAAAAAAGAAGACUAGUACUUCACCAUGAGCUCAGACGAUGGUGAGAUGGAGAACCAGGCUGAGCUGGAGGAGAAGACAAGGCUCAUCAACCAGGUGUUGGAGCUUCAACACACUUUAGAGGACCUGUCUUCCAGAGUGGAUGGCGUCAAAGAGGAGAACCUGAAGCUGAAGUCAGAGAACCAGGUUCUGGGUCAGUACAUUGAGAACCUCAUGUCUGCCUCCAGUGUGUUCCAGACCACUGACACCAAGAGCAAACGGAAGUAAGGAGAACCUCUGAGAGGCCAGGAGGAGAACACCCCAGCCUGAUGGAUUAUUCAAAGACAUUUGAAGGGCUUUGAAUUAAAGUCACUCAUGGAGACCAUCAAAAUGACUGUUUACAGGUGCAUCUGUACCACAGGCCACACUGAUAUCCAUCUGUACACAUUGGCCAGGCCAGACUACACAAAGUGAAGCCUCAGUGAAGGAACGUCCUACAGGCUACAUAGAACCCCACUUACAAAAGUAACAUUAGCAUGAAAAAGGUCUGUUGGUAACAUGGAUAUGGCUAUCAUAGCAGUAAUGCCAGCUUUGCUUCAUCAUUAGUAGAAUGGCUAAGUGCUAACAGCUAACUAUGCACCCUUAGCCUACAGGGAGCUUUCCUUACUGGGAUAUUAAACAUUCUCCAUUAGGGCUGGACGAUAUGGAGAAAUCAAAUGUCACUAUAUUUCCGAUUUGAAUACCUCGAUAUUGAAGAUACUAUAUUGUAGGGUUGACUUUUAGUGCUUUCACAAAAUAUUUCAACAUGGGAAUUUUGAUAAAUAAUCAUCAGUAAUUCAGAUAUAAUGGGUAAUAGGUUAAAGCUAAUAAUAGAACAAAAAUACACCAAAAAGACAAUUGUUAAGUAUAACUAUAUCAGAAAUGUAAAUUACAAUCUAGUCUAAUAAAAAGAUAUUGAUACUAUAUUCAAAUAUUGCCCAGCCCUAUUCUCCAUUUCAUUCUAUUCAAAUGCAAAAUCAGCUCAAACUAAUGCUGCCCGAUUUGGAAAAAAUAGUCAAGUCGGCAACUAUUUUGACUAAUAUUGAAAUGUUGAUAGCAUUGACAAUUUUCAACAUUAUUAGCAAUAUCAGUUAAAAAAUAUAUUAGUAUGAUCAUCACAAUCUUUGUAAGAAGAUCUGUACCAAACCAGGAUUUUUUUAUUAAGUCUGUAGAAUACCGGAACUUAAAAUGUUUACAUAUUUAAACCCCCCCCCACAACCCUGUCCACAUUUUUUUUUAGAGCUAAUGCUUGCGUUGGACUACCUUUUGUUGGCGGGACGCUGUUGAUGGACCAUGGUGGGACAUCAUAUGUAACAGAAGUCUUCUUCCUCCCCAUUGACAGACACAGGUACAGCAGGUCUAACAUGUUCAUGUUUUUAUAAAGGUGCUGACCUCUCAAACAGAGGCCCCAGUCUCUGUCAUUUCAGUACAAUGUACAUUUUUGUUGCUGCUUCCGGCUAGUUUGGAGUAAAUCCCACUACUAAUAUAGGCUGUCACAGCCUUUAGCCAACACCAGUUGUCAAUUUGUAUUAAAACUGAAAUAAUGUAUUGUGUGUGUGUUUACCAUUAAACUGGCAGAUUAAUAAAUACAUCAGAUACAUGAUCUGCAUUCAUGUCAAACACAUGUAUGUCCUGUUACAUUUGUGCAAUGUUUACAUCAGAUUUGACUAAUUUAAUAAAGUUAGGAACAUUUUUGAUGAAA